AACUAUUUGACACUUGACAGUUAACGUAGGUUUCGUUCAAUGACAGGAACACGACAGGAAUGUUUCGACUUUCGUUAGCGUUAUUUUCUGUAGAGCGUUUAAUAAAUAAUUAAAACAAGUACCUACAUCCCAUUUUUGCCAUUUACCAACCAAAUUACAUCCCCGUUGAUCCCCGUUUAAUGAUACGUCCUAGUUCUAACUUCUAAUUUAUUCAUAGCAUCGAAUGAAGAAAAAAUAAUAUGAUGAGUUAUUAUUUUCUCAUUCUCUAAUGAUAAUAUGUAUGUUGUUAAUCGGUAAUCGGCAUAAAGAUUUCGAUGGAGUUUUAUUUUCACCAAAAAGGCAUUUUCAAGUGGAAGUUACUAAGAGUAAUUAACAGUAGUGAUGGGUAGAACUGGUCGUUGGAGAAAACAUAAACGAGAAUACAACUUCCAUACGUGCAACGAAAACAGGGAAGUGAUAUCAUUAAAUUCUUGGCUGGCACAAUGUGGCAUUCAGCGAAGUAAAAAUCUUAGUUUAGCAGUGUUCAAAGACAGCGAUCGUGGAGUGCUGACAAAGAAGAAAAUUAAGGCAGGAGAAGAAAUAGUUAAUCUACCUCUGAACCUCACUAUUAAUGUUACAACUUUGUUAAUUGAUGUAGAUUUUAAUAGUAUAUUUUUGGAUAAUGAUAAGCAAUGUUUAGUGGAAUAUAGGCAAUGUGUAACAUUUCAGUCGUUAUUAGCAUUUUAUUUACUGUUUAUAAAGUCGCAAGAUAGCAAUUCAAAGUGGCAUACCUAUUUAAGAAGUUUACCACAUACUUAUACAGUACCAUAUUUUUUGAAGCAAAAUGUACAGAAUUUUUUAAAUCCUGAAAUUUUAACAGUAAUUGAAAACCAAAAAAGUGUAAUAAAUGGAUCGUUUGAUAUUUUUGUGAACAUAUUGGUUAACACCAAAAGUACUAAGAAAAAUGUUCAAAAAUUUUCAAACUGUUUUACAAAAUCUAAUUAUGAAUGGGCAUAUUUUACCGUCAACACUAGAUGUGUUUACAUGGAUUUAUCAAAGUUGAUUAAUUUAACGAAUAAGGAAAAUACUAUUUUAUCCAUUAUAAAUGAUAACACCAGGAUCUCACUGUGUCCGUUCUUAGAUAUGAUAAAUCAUAGUGCCAAUUGUAUAAAUGAAACUAGACUAUUAGUCAAUAAGGAAAUAGAAAACAUACCUUUAGUCAAUUUAAAAGAGGAUAUAUUUUCAGAUGUGCGCUUUUCAAUAUACACUAAGAAUGACUUCCAAGCAUAUUCCCAAGUGUUUAUAUGUUACGGGGAUAGCUAUAAUUUGAAACUUAUUACUGAGUAUGGUUUUUAUUUACCUUCAAAUGAUUUGGAUUAUGUUGAAUUUGAAUUUGAAAAAAUUAAAUUAUUCUGCAGCUCUAGAGAUAUAAAGCUUUCACAAGAACAGUGUAAUUUUAUGUGCAAUCAUGGUCUCAAUAAGGAUUUGUAUAUCGAUGGAAGGGGUUUGAGUUUCAAUUUUUACGGUUUACUUUUAGUCGUUAAAUAUUUUUAUAAUGAAGAUGUUAAUGUGAGUAGGUUGUUGUAUUCUGCAGCUAUCUGUUCUUAUGAUAGAGUUUUAAUUGAUUUCAUCAAACCAUUUGUGAAAAAUAAAUUAGUUGAUAUGGAGUAUGCUUUAGAUAAAUUACAGAAUUUUGAUGAGUGUAAUAUACUCAAUAACUGUAUACAACUUAUGUGUCAAUAUGUUAGAAUUUUAGAAAAGUUUAUUAAAAGUUAGAUAUGUAAAUAGAAA